UUUUACCUGUCUAGCAGGUGACGUAACUGCGUCAUUAAAAGCAGGAAAGGAGCGAGACAGCUCCCUAUUGUUGUUGAUUUUUCUCAAGGUUUAGUUUUUGGUCAGUUUGGCUUUUUUAUUCGCUUUUAUUGUGAGUUACGAAGAAGAGCGACUAAGAUGACGAUGAAUCAGGUUCCGCUCAGGUGUCUUCUCUCAGCCGUCGUCGUCUUCGGCUUGGUUCUGGCCUGUGAGUGGGAAUUGAAUGAUCCGAAACAGGAAGUGCGAAUCACCGACGGAGUUGAGAUUCUUGGCUGGCGUUUAGCCGAUGAGUGCCGACAGGAGUGCUGCUUGCUCCCCGACUGCGACAUUGCCAUGCUCGACUUACGGGCGGAAGGCAGCGAGCAGUGUUUGCUGAUCAGCUGCACUGGGGGCGGCACGGACGCCUGCGUCUUCCAGCCCAGCACUCGGUACGAAGUUGUCGGCAAGAAAAAGCCCUCCCAUGUCGAGGAGCCCAGUGAACAACCGGAACCCAACGACGAACAAGGCAAAAUCAACAACCCGUGUCACGAGCCCAUGAAGGUUGGCGCGUGUCGUGCGUACUUCCCCAGGUAUUACUACGACGUGGCCAACCAGACCUGCCGCAUGUUCAUCUAUGGCGGCUGCGGGAAGAACGGCAACAACUUUGACACCGUGGAGGAUUGCCAGGCAACCUGCGGUGGAGACACAGUUGAGUCGAAGAAAUCGCCGAGAAGGGCUCAACCCUUGAACACGACAACAGCUGUACCUUACGCUGACCUUGCUGCUGAUGAAAAAGCUGUAACUGCUGAGGUAUAUUCCGAGCGCUGCGAGGCGUUGCCAGAAGUGGGGCCUUGCCGCGCGGCCUUCCAGCACUGGUACUACAACCACGAGGCGGGCGAGUGCAUGACGUUCAUCUACGGCGGCUGCCGAGGCAACAAGAACAACUACAUGACGCGGCAGAGCUGCGUGGACGCUUGUCAAGUGUCCGUGCUGCCGUCCACCAGGAGGCGUCUUCCAUCCCGUGUGCCUGAGGCUGAUUGUGUGUCUCCUCCUGCCACGGGUCACUGCCGUGCCGCCUUCCCAGCCUUCUACUACGACCCGGCCACCGCCAGCUGCCAGCCGUUCAUUUACGGGGGCUGCAGUGGCAACGGGAACCGCUACCAGAGCGCGGAGGAGUGCAUGGCCAGCUGCGGCACGCAAGGUUCCUUCGACAAGCGGUUGAAAGUCCGCAGCCGCUGGACUUCAGCUUUCUUUGUACUGUUGGCGGUGGCGGCCAUUUGCAUCCUGCUGGCGGCCUCGCUCGUCAUCACCAUGCUGAGACGCCGCCAUCUCUCCCGCAGCGCCUCCACCGUCAGUGACAAAGAGGAGCUUCUCCCAGACGGGCGCUCAUCUCGGGAGUCUCUGAACUUCCCCGAGAACCCCGCGGCGAACAAGGCCUGAGGGUCCUCAGCGACAAGGACACCUCAUUAGAUAGUGUACCUAAUGAUGUGGGCGGUGAGAGGACAUUCCUUCCUGUUGAUCAGUGAUUCUACUUCCUGCCUUUAUGCUACACAGCCGACUACAAGGGCUUUUCAUGUGUUAACGUUAUGUUGGUUUAAAAGAGUCAAUCUUUUUUUUUCGUGUUUUAUUGGCUGCAUGAUGCCGCCUUCAGUGUGUGUUGUAUUUUUCCACUGACUCUUGACUCCUGUGGCUUCAUCUCGACGAUGUUAUCUCGUAUGAAAUCAUCACGCACCACCAUUUACGGUGUGAUUUUUAUAUUUUAAUAAAAGUUGUCUCCCCCUGCUGGCCGUCAGGCAUAAAUACAUCAUAAGCAUAAGAUUGUAUGAUCACCAUUUUGCAUAGCUUGCUUUCACUUUAAAAAAACCAAAUGAUUAAAUAAAAAUGCAUCUCGGUGCAAAAGUACAAGUGAUCGAACAUUGACAAUAAAUGAAAUGAAAUCAAAUAGUAAA